AUGGCGGCGAGCCACACAGCCCUGCCGGUUGUCCUUGCUGUCGUUGCCUGCGUCGUGAUCGUUGUUGCAGGUGUGGCUCUCUGCUGCCGCGGAAAGCGAGGGGGCGACCCAGCGACGUCGGCAAAUUGGUCCAGCCCUCUUCUUUUCGAUAAGCACUCACCACGUUUCGAGAGUACGAAUGAGGAGUGGGCACGACCCUUCGGGGGUCUUGCCGCCUCGCAUGUACGGCGGAUCUCGGCGUGGCUAGUGGAGGUGCGGCGGGUCGUUGACGACAGUGUUGCCUCACCCGCCGGCGCUGAGCUUUCUGAUGCAGCGAGUGCCACCGUAGUGGGUUCUCCGGUGACGACGACAUCCACACACUUUUAUUUAGACGCUGAUGCCGGGAUGAAUAUUGGGCGGUCGGCGUCCGAGUACGCGACCUGCAGUCCUCGUGUGUCGGUCGUGGAGGGAGCAGCCAGUUUCCACGCGGGGCAUCUGGACCCGCUCCGUCGCUGGUAA